AUGGAAAGAGAUUAUGCUCCGUUGAGUGCGGCGUGCGUACGCGCGUUGCAGGAUAAAAUUUAUGAAAAACGCAAAGCUGCGUCUUCAGAAGUAGAAAAGAUGGUGAAAGAUCUCUGGGCUAGUAACAACAAGGAUUUGAUCAGGAAACUGCUCGUUGUUUUAGGGAAAGAGUUUGCAGGUUCUCAAAACCUGAACCAACGACGAGGAGGCUUGAUGGGGAUUGCAAGCACUGCAAUUGGACUCAAUAAGGAUUGUGUGGAGUUCAUGGAAGAAAUGCUGAGACCCGUGACGCUGUGUUUGAAUGAUGCUGAUUCACGCGUUCGUUACGCAGCCUGCGAAACUCUCUACAACGUCGUGAAGGUGGUCCGUGGAAGCAUUCUUCCUCAUUUCAACGAAUUGUUCUCAAUUUUGAGUCGACUCAUUGCUGAUCCUGACCAGCACGUAAAGAAUGCCAGUGAAUUAUCCGACAGACUUCUGAAGGACAUCGUGACGGAAACUCCUUCAUUUGAUUUGGUGGCAUUCAUCCCGUUGCUGAGAGAACGCAUUUACAGCAAAAAUCCCUUCGCCAGGCAAUUCAUAAUUUCGUGGAUAUCAGUAUUGGACUCCGUGCCGGAUAUAGAUAUGCUGAUUUUUCUGCCGGAAUUCUUGGAUGGGUUAUUUUUGAUGUUAUCUGACUCUUCGCCGGAAGUUAAAAAGAUGUGUGACACUUUAUUGGGGGAAUUCCUGCACAGGAUUCUCAAAACUCCAGAGAAGGUGGAUUUUUCGGCCAUGACAAAUAUCCUAGUCACACAUGCGGACGCAAAAGAUGAACUUCUGCGAUACACUGCACUGGUCUGGCUGAAGGAGUUCGUGAAUCUCAGCGGCCGACAAAUGGUUCCUUCCGCUUCCAACAUUCUGACGGUUGUUCUUCCCGCGAUUUCCGAAGCGAGUGAGCAAUCACUAUCGGUGAAGACGACUGCGAGUGGCUUGAACGACGCUGUGAUGGCUUUGAUUACUGCCGGAGAUGACGUUAAAGGAACGAAAAUCGAGUUGGAGGGUGUGUCUAUUUGCGAGGAAUCGAAGCUGGACGUGAGCGCCAUUGUACACGUGUUGUCCAAGGAGAUUCCGAGUCCGAGAACUGAGACGGAGUUGGCGUGUUUGCGUUGGUUUCAUCACUUGUUGGUCACAAUGCCCAACCAGACAUUCCUGCACAUGAGUGACAUUUUCCCGGCUCUCCUGAGAGCUUUGUCCGAUCCAGAACAUGAAGUUGUACUAGUGGCGUUGAAGGUGAUAGCGAAGAUUUCGAGUGACCCGGUGGGCAGAAAACGGCCAUUGUCGGACGUCUCGUUCCCGAACGCCCCGGACUGGCUGCCGGAGCUCAUCGCACGCAGUCCUAAUCUGAGUCCGUAUUUCGCCUGCUGCGUUGUGGAACUCUUGCGACUCGAUCCGCAGUUGCUGGAACGACGAGGCUCGUUGAUCAUUCGCCAAUUGAGCAUGUUGUUGUGUGCCGAACACAUUUUCAUCACGGUGGCAGAGGCCCUGCAGCGCCACGACAACUUGGAAUUUGUCGGCAUGAUGGUCAAGACCUUGAAUACCAUCCUCUUUACGAGUCCAGAGUUGGCCGACUUAAGGAAUAGGCUCAAGGCUCUUCGCACCCCUGAUGAUUGUCAGCUGUUCUGCUGUUUGUACAAGUGUUGGUGUCAUUGUCCUGCUGCUGCAGUCGCUCUUUGUUUGCUGUCGCAGAAUUAUCUGCAUGCAAUGCGAUUGAUCGAACACUUCCUCUCGAAGGGUUCGUGCAUUGCACUUCAUUGCGAAGCCAGUUUCUCAAACGUAAAAGGCUCGCUGGGCAUUCCAUGUCAACGGAUGAAAUUGGUUUCAGAUUUGCGGCUGCAUCUCCUCCACCCGAAGCACAGCAAAGUGCUAGUGCAAACCUUAUACGGGAUUUUGAUGUUGCUACCACAAAGCGAAGCGUUCCACAUUCUUCGCCGCCGCUUGGAUUGUCUGCCAGGGAACAAAGGGCUUCCGCAUCAAAUUGCGGGGGACACGCUCGGUGAUCAAGAAGAAAAGGUUGAACAAUUAGUGCCCAUUCCCGUUGACGACCUCUUGGCCGUUUUUCUCGACGUUCAGCGCAAGCGUGACGAGUUUGCCAAGAUGAAGAAGCUCCAACAAAUGGAUGAGAAAUUGAGGCUACUUUCCCGGAAGCAGCUGGAAAACGACUGGGACCAGUUGAACGAGAUGAGAAAAGUUGCGAGGACGUCAUUCGGUCCGAAUCGACGCGACGUCGUUGUGUCGAGCGGCAGCUGUAUAAACGUACGAUCUAUUGGCGCACAUAUAUUCGAUGAAUUCAAUUGGCCAUUGUGCUCAAUCGUGAAUUCAGCAACUCGAAGAACCCGCGAUUCUUGCUACGACGGGAGUAAGUGGUUGCUGCUCGCGAUUCUCGAAAUUUUGCCGAAAUGCAACGUGGACUUGAAAGCGUGGAGUGGAAUUUGCACGGACUUCAAAACAGAAUUACGAGGGUAUGAAGUUUCGGCGAGUAUACUGGAUGUUUUCGAGAUGCAGUUGAGUAAAUUCAACGAAGUGAACAGGGUUUUGUUGGAGGACUUCUUCAGUCGAAGUUUCGGUCGGAACUGGAACGACUCGUUUCCGCAGAAAGCGCAGUUUUUAUUGGAUAAUUUGGAUGCGCUCCUUGUUCGCGAUGCAUUUCGUGAAACCAGGAUUGUUCCUGGGUUCAUGUUCACAGCCGGAAACUGUACUCGUGAAUGCGUGGAGAAAGUGCUGCGUUGUGUCGUAAUCGAGUUUCCGGACGAGUUGAGUGAUGUAGAAACGCAGUUCGCCGCGUUUCAGCCUUCAAUGUGCGAGCAUUCCAGCUUUCGGAGACUCUUGGAAUCGAUGUUGAAUCGAGGAGUGCUGUUUUUAGUUACGUGUACACGCAUGGAUGAAUCGCUGCUCUUGUUGUGUGAGCAGUCGGGAGUUGCCGUGCUGCACGGGUGUUUGGAUAAUGAGCUCCGAGACUUUUGCAGAGUGAAUUCCGUAGUACCGGCUGAUGGUUUUUCGGAAAUUGAGGCGAAGCACGUGUUCGAUGUGGACGCAGUUGCACGAGUUGUUGUUGGGUGUGAGAACUUCGUUCGCGUGGAGACCCCGAGGGAUCCCACGGGUUUCAAGUUGCACCAGUUUGUAGUUCAGUGUUCUCGUGCAGCUCGUGGCAACGAGAUAAGAAUUGCUUUGCGAGCGGGCGUUGCUUGCUUUUUGAAGAGUAUUUGUGAACCCGGUUGGAUUCCGUGCCACGGCUUUUUCGAGGCACAUUUGUUGAGGUUCUUGCGUCUCCGCGAUCGGAGGAACUGUGACUGGAUAUCCGAUGUGAUGGAUAGUAUUUUGCAUCUGCUUUUUGACAAUAGUCCCAAGUGGAAAUUUGCUGUUGGACGUGGGUUCCUGGAAUUCAAGUGUAAGUUGAUGAAAUCCUUGGAGGAAGGUCGGUCCGAGUGGUUCUGUGGUGUGGAGCCCCUUUGGCUGAAGUUUGAGCUCAUGGAUAGAGUUGUUUCUGUUUGUGAAAUGAUGAGGAACAUCGAGGCUGUUCAGAAAGUCCAGGCUACUCUUUUAUGGUUGCCCGCAGCGGGCGCCGGGUCGCGUCAACCGGCAGUCAGUGGAUCAGGUCGUGAGAUGGAGUCUCCAUCAGUGCCGCACGGAACCCCGCGCUGUUCGGGUGAGAUCGAGUAG